AUGUUGGGGGCUUGCUCCACUCUCGUCACGGGUCGGCCCAGCAUUGCAGUGCCGCAGGGAUUGGCCCACAAAAUUCACACAACAUCCUACUAUUCGAACCCACAGCAACCACCGGUACGGGGGCAUGUGGACUGUUCAACACAAUUUUUCGUCUUACUACAACCCGCGCCGUGGAUGGCUCACAAAUACGUAGCGUUCGGACAAUUAAUCGAUGGCGAAGAAACUUUGCAAAAGAUUGAAAAUGUCCCCACGUGGUACGAAUCACCAACACAAGAUAUUAUAAUUUACCAAAGUGGUAUUUUAAAUAUGGAAUGCCAAGAUAUAACAAUCAAUAAAGGAACUAAAGAAUAUAUUCAUGGACACAUAGAUGAUCUGGUAACAGUGGGAAAAUUAUUUUAUGAGGUAUUAAUAGAAAAGGUAUUUCUAGAAAUUGAAUUUAGGUUUAUUGCAAACGAAAAAAUGGUAGCCGAGGGUGAGGAUGCACAAGAAGUUACUGAAACUGUUCGGGCUACUGAAAGAUUCAACCGUAAAAAGGAAGAUAUAGAAAAACAAAUUGAAAAGAGUGAACUGGAUAACCGCGGUGCAUCAGUAGCAAGUGAGCCAUACAACGGCGAUGCUGUGGAAAUGUAUGAAUAUGAACCCGAAGAAUAUUCGUACCAGCAUGUCUCAUUAGGACAUACAGCAAGUAUUGAAGUAAAUCCAGAGAAGCCGUAUUAUUUUCCACUAACUGACGUACCAUACCCUGGUGAAGUAGAUUCCACUUAUGAUUUGAAGAAAUUUUUGAAAGGAGACUACUGCCUGGAAACAGAUAUCGAGGAUAAUGCUCCAAAGAAACUUGCACCACAGAAAAGAAUAUCUUAUCCAUCAGAAAUAUUUAAUGUACUUAACGACUCAGAAUCUGCAUCGUCGGAAUCCCUGGAUUCUGACGAGGAGAAAGAUUUAAAUAAAUAUCUCAAGUUAAACAUGGAUCGUGUAAGUUUUGCAGGAGGCAUCAUAAAAGGAAUAGCGCGAGGUGCAGCCCAAUACAACAUUUUUGAAACUCACAGAAAGUCAGAGUUAAUAACUGACGAAGAACUUAGAAAAUUUCGAUUAAUGUCACUGGACUUACGCUCGCGUGAUACCCAUGAAAAGAAGGUAUCUAUUAGUGUACCAUCCACUGACACAGGGAUACACCAAAAGAUAAAGCGGAGACAAACUGGCUUCGUGCGACCCCAAGACUUGGAGAAAAUACACUUGAUAAAUAAGAGCGAAGAAAUUACUCCUGAGGAGGACGAACUUGUUACUCGGAAGGUUCGCAUAGCUCCAUCAUCGGAUACUAAUGCAACUCCUCGUCCAGCCCGGCGGCCCACGGGUUUUGUUCGUGCGGUCGAUAUAAUUGAUUCUGAUACACAAGUGCAGAGGCCAUCAGUGUUACAACGGCUGUACGAUAAUGUCUCGUUGAUAGAUAACCAUGGUCCUACUUUGAAGGAUUACAGACCCAUAUCCGAAUCACGGCAGAAAAGUAUUCUGCUAACCUAUUCACCCAACUCUCGAAUCAAGAAUGAUGACAGCAGAGAGAAGUAUCUCCGUCACUCCAUCACAAUCGAGGACGAUUCCAUUGAGCAAGUACUUAACUUGCAACAUGGACAAAAGGUUGCACGUAAAAUCUCUUCAGAUUACGUGAAAACCAUAGACCAAAUGGAGCAUAAACUAGAAACAUCUAUACGAAGCAUAGAAUAUGCAAAGACACGUCCCGUAAUGUCCGUAACCGAGUAUCAAUUAAAGAAUCAGAGGUACAAUGAGGGGGUAAGGACGUCCAGAGUACAAGUGAAAACGGUUCGAACAUCAGAUGAAGGGUUACCAAUAGGAGGACUGCGACUACCAGGAGAUACACCGAUUUACUCAUUGUCAGAUGAUUAGUACCAGCUCUCUACCAGCACUACCAGCGUAUACGAUAACACGAGAUACUUUUUUACUGAUUUUAAUGUGAUUAUUA